AUGGCAAAAUCCUAUAUUCCGUGCUCGAAUUUGAAGGUGAGCAACGCUGAAACCGACAAUAUUUGCCCCCGAAAAAUCAAUACAGACGGCCGGUCUCGUCGUCGCCGUCGUCGAGCUGAUUCUGUGCGCGCUGGCAGUGUACGGUCUGUUCCGUAACUUCCACCUAUUCGGAUCCAACUACCUCAUCUGGUUCCUGCUCGGAAUCGUCUCCGUCUUCAUCAUCCUCAUCGCCAUCGCGCUCUUCGUCUACGCCAUCAAAUCGGAGAACGCGCGCUGGCUGAUUCCCCAUCUCAGCGCCCAGAUCUUUCUCGUCAUCUUUCUGAUCCUGGUGGCGCUGAUCGUGGCCAUCCUUUUGCUGUUCGGCGCGUAUCGUGGAAUUCGCAAUCUUUUGGGCGUCAGCAACUAUUAUAUGAGCGAUGAUUGUGCGUUUUUCAACUGUUGAGGAGAAUGUUAAAGGUGGUGUCCAACGUGACAUACAACAUCUUUUUAAAAUAAACUUCGAAGUGGGCCAUUCACUUCCCCAAAGUCCCGAAUUACAAAAAAAAAUUCCCAGAUUUUAAAGAUUUUUUUCAAAAAAGUUAGUCGUACCGAGAGAAGUGGUGCACGGCGAAAUGGAAGAGCUGGCCCAGAUUUUUCUAGUCCCCCCGGAUGGAAUUCCCCUUUCUUUCGAUCUUUUUCGGUUUUCGUGCAAAUUUCUUAAAUUUUCAAUCGUUUUUUCACUGAACACACUUAUUUGCAAUAUUUAAAGAAAUUUAUAAUUUUAUCUGUGCCGUGACGCCAAAAAAAUCGAUAAUCUGAAACUUUUUUUUGUUGUUUUUCCGGGUUUUUCGCUCAAUCCUCGGUUUGCGCGCUGAAAAAUAAAUAGAAAGAGAUCGCUUAAUCAUUUCCAGAGUCUAAAUUAAAUUUUGCCAGUUACAGAAAGUUAUAUUUUUCAAAGUAAUGCGAAAAAUCCAAAACUUUCUAUUUUCAGUUUUACAAAAAGUCGCUGAAUUUCUGAAUUUUGCUGAAUUUUGAAAGUUUCAGAUUAUCGAUUUUUUUGGCGUCACGGGCCAGAAAAAAUCAUAAAUUUUUUUAAAUAUUGCAAAUAAGUGUGUUUAGUGAAAAAACGAUUGAAAAUUUAAGAAAAUUGCACGAAAACGGAAAAAAAUCGGAAAAAAGGGGAAUUCCAUCCGGGGGGACCAGAAAAAUCUAGGCCAGCUCUUCUCUCGGUACCAUUAACUUUUUUGAAAAAAUCUUAAAAAUCGGGGAAUUUUUUUCGUAAUUCGGGACUUUGGGAAACUGAAUGCCCCACUUCGAAGUUUAUUUUAAAAAUAUGUUGUAUGUCACGUUGGACACCACCUUUAAUGCAUAGAAGGGCGACACUUUGGCAUUGUUUAUUUGAAACAGUAUAUCUCAGCUGCCGGUGGAGAUAUCAAAAAGUGUUCAACUAAUGAAAUGUUUGUCACAUUAUUUUGCACAUUUUAUCAGUUGACAACUUUUUGAUAUCUCCACCGACCGCUGAUAUACAUUGUUUUGAAUGUAUUCGACAUCGAUAUCCGUUUCAGCGACUUUCCUGCUCGGAAUCAUGAUCAUCGUCAUCUAUCUGCUCGUCGCCCUUCUUGAAAUCUUCUUCAUCUACAUUGUCUACCGUCUCUACAAGUAAGUUUUCUGCCUACUUUUGUCAAAAACUGCGUAAAAUUUGCUAUGAAACCAGAGUACGUAGAGGUAAGCAAAGAAAACAAGCCAUAACUCAAGAAUGAGGGGUUUUGCAGUAAAAGUGUCAAUUACAAAGUUGUAGAGCACAAAAAUUGCUACAAUUUUUGUGUUGACAACUUUUUGCAAUUUCAACACUCCGCUGAGAUAUACCGUCUUGAGUACCUAACAAUCUAUAAAAACGGCCGAUUUUGUGAGCGUAACUCUCUUAUUUCUAGACAUUUGUGCCACUACGAAUCGAUUGCCGAUCAGGAGGAGAACCGCGAGAAAUGGCAAGUGGUCGGCGAUUUUCCAAAGGACAACAAGCACGGAUCGCCGUCGAUGGGCGACCAGUAUCCGUACGGAGACGCCCGGAACGAGGCCACCGGCGCACAGCGCAACGCCAAUUAUUUGUAA